AUGACUACGUUUUAUCUCCAAUCCGUGGACAAUGACCUGCGCGGCCGUCUUGCGCUGGUGACAGGAUCAAGCAUCUUCAAAUCUCAAGUGGUGGGAUUGGCUCGGCUUGUGCAAAAUCAUUGGCCUCCGAAGGCUGCGAUGUCGUUCUUCACUUCUCCUCUAGCAAGUGGAUUAACACAAUUCCAAAAGGAACAAGUUGAAGUAUUAGCCUCUGAGCUUCGACGAGAUUAUCCGUCACAAUUGUUCGUUACCGCUCAAUCCAAUCUUACGUGCCGCAAAUCCACACGCUCGUUUAUAACAACGGUGCUGGCUACGCCGACUAUCGCUGAGAAACACAAAGCGAUAUCUGUGCUGGUUGCAAACGCUGGUAUUGGUCGUCGCAUCCGAGAUAUUAAGGACAUCAAUGAAGAAGACUGGGAUGAUAUGAUGGAAGUCAAUGUUCGCAGUCAGUUUGUCAUUACAAAGUCUGUUGUAGAAGGGAUGCGGUCGCAGGGCUGGGGAAGGGUGAUUCUCGUAAGCAGCAUUGCGAGCCGAGGAGGCGGGCUGAAUGGGUGCCAUUAUGCAGCUUCGAAGGGUGCUUUAAGCUCGAUGGGGUUGAACUUGGCUGCUGUUCUGGCUACAGAAGGUAUUACGGUCAAUAUUGUUUCGCCAGCCAUGAUCGGUUCUACAGGAAUGAUUCCUACUCCAAAAGAACGGACAUGGACGUCUAAAUGUGACAUGGAGGCAAAAAAAGAGUCGGAUCCCGGACUUGUAAUAGCUAGCAGCGUUCCGAUUCACCGACUUGGGGUGCCAGAAGAGGUGGCCAAUGUGAUAGUAAUGUGUGCAAAGACAGGGUAUAUGACGGGACAGGAUAUCUUAUUAGCUGGUGGAUUAAAAUAG